UGCUGCCACGGCAGGGGUUGGGAAGUGGUUUGCGUCGGAGCGAGAGGACUCGGAGGGAAAUGACUCAGAGGGUAAGCACUCAGAGUUAGAGGGAGAGUCUGAGGGCAAGGCGGCUGAUGUCUGAUAAGGCUUUGAAGUGUUGCCCUUGCUCAUCGGUUCAUCGAGAUCAUUGGCGCAAUGGUAAUAUGAAAGGAACCCAAAUAACCCGGGCCUAGCUUUGGAUCGUUGUUAUUAAAACAUAAGACAGACAGUGUAUACCGAAACAGGGUGGCAGUGUACAGGGAGGCCGCGUACGCCGGCAGCAGAACCAGCUCUCUGCCGCAGGCAUGGGAGGCCAGUAAUGAUCUCGAAGGACAAUCACCUACGGUAGCCAGCACCGCACUGAAGCCACGUCGACAUCGGCGAGCGAUGGCCAUGACCCGGCAGUCGCCUAGCCAGAGGCUAGUCGCGCCGAUCCGGCUCAUCUCGAUCGGCGGCGCCCUCGCCGUACGCGUCUGCCACAACCGAGAGGCGUCCUACGACAUCGACUGCAUGCUCGACCCUAACAUUGCGGCGUCCUCCGAAUAACUAUCUCGAAGAAUUUAACAACGCGGUCUCGGA